AUGCUAGCAGUGAUCGAUGUGCUGAGUCUCCAGGACUCCAAGCAGAGCGUGGCCGCGCUGGAGAAGCUGUCGGCCGGUCUGAGCGCGCUCACCGACGUCUACGUGGUGUCCACUCUUCGGCUGCCAGCAAAGCUUGGCGGCGUCCUGCUGGGCGUCUACAGCAAACAGGACAAUAGGAAGUACCUGGAGGUGGCCGUCAUGGGGAAGAUCAACAAAGUUCUGGUCCGUUACGUGCGAGCGGACGGAAAGCUCCACACCGUUAACCUGCAGAACUCGAACCUGGCGGACGGGCGGACUCACUCCAUCAUCCUGAGACUCGGCGGCCUACAGAGAGACCACAUGCACAUGGAGCUCUACGUCAACUGCCGAUUGGCCGACUCCAGCCAGGGCCUGCCGCCAUUGGUCCCGCUGCCCAGAGACGCGGAGAUGGUGGAGAUCAGACACGGACAGAAGGCAUACGCCCGACUGCAGGGUGCGGUGGAGUCCCUCAGACUGGCUCUAGGCGGCACUGUUGCUAAAGCUGGAUCUCUGACCGACUGUCCCUUCCAAGGAGACUCUUCAGCCUACAACUCAGUGAGCGGCGAGGUGAACUCCAUCCUGGGUGACCACACCAAGGCUCUGAUUAGUCAGCUGAUCAUCUUCAACCAGAUCCUGGGAGAACUAAGACAGGACAUCAGAGAGCAGGUGAAGGAGAUGUCUCUGAUCAGGAACACCAUCCUGGAGUGUCAGGUUUGUGGUUUCCACGAGCCCCGGUCUCGCUGCUCUCCCAACCCGUGCUACAGGGGCGUGUCCUGCAUGGAGAGCCUACAUUACCCAGGAUACACCUGUGGGCCCUGCCCGCCUGGCACCAGCGGCAACGGGACGCACUGUCACGACAUCGACGAGUGUGAGCUGCAGCCAUGUUUCUCUCCUGAAGCCUGUGUGAACUCAGUGGGGGGGUUCACCUGCCAGCCCUGUCCUCCCGGCCUGUGGGGGGCGCCGCUGGCUGGAACCGGACUGGACUACGCCAAGACACACAGACAGGACUGUGCAGAUAUAGAUGAGUGUUUGGAUCUACCAGAUGCCUGUGUCUCUAACUCCGUGUGCAUCAACACCGUGGGCUCCUACAGGUGUGGAGGCUGCAAACCUGGUUUCCUGGGUAACCAGACGUCAGGCUGCUUCCCCAGGAAGUCGUGUGCGGCGUUGACCUUUAACCCCUGUGACAGCCACGCCCACUGCACCAUGGAGAGGAACGGAGAGGUGGCCUGCAGGUGUAACGUGGGUUGGGCAGGUAACGGGAACACGUGUGGACCAGACACAGACAUCGAUGGCUAUCCUGACCGACCUCUGCCCUGCAUGGACAACGACAAGCACUGCAAACAGGACAACUGUGUGUACACCCCAAACUCUGGUCAGGAGGACGCCGACAACGACGGGAUCGGAGAUCAGUGUGACGAGGACGCCGACGGAGACGGCAUCAAAAACGUGGAGGAUAACUGCCGGUUGAUCCCAAACAAAGACCAGCAGAACUCGGACAGCGACUCGUUCGGAGACGCCUGCGACAACUGUCCCAACGUCGCCAAUAGCAACCAGAGAGACACAGACAGCAACGGGCAGGGAGACGCCUGCGACCAGGACAUAGACGGGGACGGUAUUCCCAAUGUUCUGGAUAACUGUCCGAAGGUACCUAACCCGAUGCAGACAGACCGAGACAGAGACGGAGUGGGAGACGCCUGUGACAGCUGUCCCGAACUCAGCAACCCCAUGCAGACGGACAUCGACAACGAUCUGGUAGGAGACGUUUGUGACACCAACCAGGACACGGACGGAGACGGGCUCCAGGACAGCAGAGACAACUGUCCAGACAUCCCCAACAGCUCUCAGCUGGACUCGGACAACGAUGGCCUCGGAGACGACUGUGACCAUGACGACGACAACGACGGCGUCCUCGACGAUUACGACAACUGCCGACUCAUCGUCAACCCCAACCAGAAAGACUCGGACGCGAACGGUGUCGGAGACGUCUGUGAGAACGACUUUGACAACGACGCGGUGAUGGAUCUGGUGGACGCGUGUCCGGAGAGCGCCGAGGUCACCCUGACGGACUUCAGAGCCUAUCAGACGGUGAUCCUGGACCCUGAGGGAGACGCCCAGAUCGACCCAACCUGGGUGGUUCUGAACCAGGGUAUGGAGAUCGUCCAGACGAUGAACAGUGACCCCGGUCUUGCUGUGGGCUACACGGCCUUUAACGGUGUGGACUUUGAGGGAACGUUUCACGUGAACACGGUAACCGACGACGACUACGCAGGCUUCAUCUUCGGCUACCAGGACUCGUCCAGCUUCUACGUGGUGAUGUGGAAACAGACGGAGCAGUCGUACUGGCAGUCACUGCCGUUCAGAGCCCUGGCCCAGCCAGCCCUGCAGCUCAAGGCGGUGAAGUCUCGGACCGGGCCCGGUGAGUUCCUGAGGAACGCCCUGUGGCACACCGGAGACACGCCGGGAGAGGUGACGCUGCUCUGGAAGGACCCGCGCAACGUCGGCUGGAAGGACAAGACCUCGUACCGCUGGCAGCUCAGCCACCGGCCGCAGGUCGGCUACAUCCGGGUGAAGCUGUUCGAGGGCAUGGACUUGGUGGCUGACUCCGGCGUGGUGGUGGACACCACGAUGAGAGGAGGCCGUCUCGGAGUCUUCUGUUUCUCCCAGGAGAACAUCAUCUGGUCCAACCUGCACUACCGGUGUAACGACACGGUGCCCGAAGACUUCCAGUCUCAUCGUAAACAAGUUCUCAUGCACAUUCAGGUUUGAGAGGACCUGUGUGUGUGUGUGUGUGUGUCUGUGUCUGUGUGUGUGUGUGUGUGUGUGUG